AAGCAGAUCCACCCUGUAAAGGCGAAGCGAAAAAUAGAGGAAAAUACUGUAUUGAAUGAAAAUACGGAACUCAAAGGUCCAAUAAGCAAGUUCUGUAUGUGUGACAGCCGCAGGGAGGAGACGUGCUUUCAUUUUUAUCCGUUUUACAAACAGAGGAUUUUUGCAUCGGCCCUUGGAGCUGUGCUUCCUCCCCCAGCAUGAAAGGUCUGUACGGCCAGCUGAGAGAGGGAAGCGGGGAGCUCAAGUUUCUCAUCCAGGAGAAGAGCGUUCCCGUUUCUCCAGAAAGUCAUCAGGUGAAGGUUCAAGUGAAAGCCUGCGCUCUGAGCCCAGUGGACACGGGGUUUUUGGAUGAUCUGAAGCUUCGGCGGGACUUGUUGCCAGUGGGCAGGGAGAUCGCUGGAAUUGUGCUCCAAGUUGGGCCGAAGGUCACAUUUUUCCAGCCUGACGAUGAAGUUGUGGGGAUUCUGCCUCUGGAUGCUGAGCUGUCUGGCCUGUGUGACAUGGUUCUGAUGGACGAGCACCUCCUCGUGCAGAAGCCAGAGAAGGUGACCUAUGUGGAGGCUGCUGGUGGGAUCCAGGACGGCCUGCGGGCCUACACAGCCCUGCACACGCUGGGCCGGGUGGCCGCGGGGCACAGCGUUUUAGUGAUGGAUGGCGCUAGUCCGUUUGGAAUGAUGACCAUCCAGGUCGCUCACUACCAUGGGGUGAAAGUGUUAGCUACUGCUCUGUCCUUGGAGGAUCAGCGGCUCCUGGAGAAGCUCCGGCCCAGUAUGGGAGUCCAAGAGUCUCUCCUAGCUCGGAUCAUCAGCACCUGGGACCCGAAAGUGGACCUUGUGGAGGCUUGUCUGGAGGAGACAGGAGGCCUGGGAGUCGACAUGGUCAUUGAUGCAGGAGUGAGGCUAUACGAAGAGGACUCUGUGGGCCAAAGCUUACUCCCGCACAAGCAUGAUGUCAUCUCACUUCUUGGGGUCGGAGGUCACUGGGUCACCACAGAGCGUAAUCUGCAGCUGGACCCCCCAGACAGCCGCAGCCUCUUCCUGAGGGGAGCCUCAGUGUCCUUCCUGAAUGAGGAGGUCUGGGGGGCAUCCCGGGCCCGUCAGGGGCGGUACCUCCACAUCCUGAGAGACAUGGUGGAGAAGCUGGCAGCCGGGACUCUCAGGCCACAGCUGGACGAGCCGGUGCCCUGGUAUGAGGCUGCUGUUUCCAUGGAUAUGGUGCAGACCAAGCAAGCCAGAAAGAAGGUGGUGAUUCAGUUCUGAAGAUAUGCCUCUAUGGCAGAACUGCACCGUGAGGCUGGACCGUACCACAGACAAGUAGGGGUGCUGUUGACAAGCUUACCUCAUAGAAAGCAGGCAGCAUAAUGAUUAAUAAAGCCGGCUCCAUUUAAGUAUGAUUUUAUCAUCUGGAUAAAACAUGGUGGCUGUUUGUGGUUAUUGGUUUAAAAUUCUUAAUUUUCCAGUGUACGUGUUGGUGACUGACUUUUUAAAUAAAAUUCUUAUUUUCUUA